CUCCUGAUUCCACACAUGACUCUAUCCGGAACUGUGUCUUCUGUGUAAACGCAGCUAUAAAUGCUCUGUCUGGGUCACUGUAUUUCUAAGCACAUACCUGACUGUUUGCUUGUGUGUGUGUAAUGGAAAUUGUGUGCUGAUGCCUCUGUGUGUGAGAUAUUAUGUGUCUCUCCACAUGGGGCUGUGAUCGUAUGUGGCCCCAUACUUGUCGGUGUGACUUACAUGUUUGCAGGAAGAGAGACCGUGUGUUUCUCUGUGAUGGUCUGACAUGGGACAGCUGGGUGUGGGAUGGCGGGUAACUGUGAAAUAGGUACCAUGACCGUGAUAUAUGGCUGGGUAACGUGGACACUCAUGCUGUGGGACUUUGCCUACAUGACCGUUUCUGAAGUGCGUAUGGCUGUGACUCUGAGCCGCUGACUGUCUGGCUGUGUCUGAGUGUGUCCGUCCCUGGGGAGAACUGUCUCUGGAUGGUUGUAUGCAUGUCCCGAGUUUGUGUGCCCAUUUCUUUCUAAUGCCUGGGCCGUGGCCAUCGGGGUCUGUGUGUGUGCUUGGGUAUGGAGAACCAUCCAUGUACGUGUGGCUGAUACCGUGACCAGAUGUGUGCCUCUACGCCUGGGACGUAUGGCUGUGUGACAGUGUGUGACCAGAAAGGUGUGUUGGUGUGACGGACACAGUUGGGGUCGAGUGUCCUUGUGCAGCUGUGUGCCGGUCGACGAUUAAACACAUGUGGCUGUGGCUGGGUGUGACUCGGUAUGACCAAAUGUGUGUCGGUGUGUCUGCAUGCACCCCUGAGCAGAUGUCAGCAGGCAGCAGGAGAGCUGUAUGUGACAAGCGUGUGUGCCUCAGAGCUCAUAGGUGACCUCCUGCGGGGUGUCAUUCUACAUGGGUGGGUCUGUAAUGUGAGUAUCUUGGUUGGGUGCCCGAGGAAACAACUGUCAUUGGUUGGCCAUGGGCUGCCCCAUGCCCGGACCCAGCUCUUUGUAGGUGGCAGAGAAAAGAGAAGUGACAAAAUACCAGUUACUGAUAUGACCAGACGUUUGUGGCAGUGCCUGGGCAGCCUGGGACUCUACAUACCUGUGGACAAAUGGGCGGACCCAGGAGGCCAGAGCAGCAUCUGCCCCCUGCCCCCUGUGGGGCCCUGGGGCCCCCUGAAACCUCCAGGACGGAGCCAGACGGGGCGGGCACCAUGAACAAGCUACGCCAGAGCCUGCGGCGGCGGAAACCAGCCUACGUGCCUGAGGCAUCGCGCCCACACCAGUGGCAGGCGGACGAGGACGCGGUGCGCAAGGGCACGUGCAGCUUCCCGGUCAGGUACCUGGGCCACGUGGAGGUGGAGGAGUCCCGGGGGAUGCACGUGUGUGAAGAUGCUGUGAAGAAGUUGAAGGCGAUGGGCCGGAAGUCUGUGAAGUCUGUCCUGUGGGUGUCAGCCGAUGGGCUCCGGGUGGUAGAUGACAAGACCAAGGACCUGCUGGUAGACCAGACCAUUGAAAAGGUCUCCUUCUGUGCUCCUGACCGCAACCUGGACAAGGCUUUCUCCUAUAUCUGCCGUGAUGGGACCACCCGCCGCUGGAUCUGCCACUGUUUCCUGGCGCUCAAGGACUCCGGCGAGAGGCUGAGCCACGCAGUGGGGUGUGCGUUUGCGGCCUGCCUAGAGCGGAAACAGCGGCGGGAGAAGGAGUGCGGAGUCACGGCUGCCUUUGAUGCCAGCCGCACCAGCUUCGCCCGGGAGGGCUCCUUCCGCCUGUCUGGGGGUGGGCGGCCGGCUGAGAGAGAGGCUGCUGACAAAAAGAAAGCAGAGGCAGCAGCUGCCCCAAGUGCGGCUCCUGGCCCUGCCCAGCCUGGGCACGUGUCCCCAACACCGGCCACCACAUCCCCUGGCGAGAAGGGUGAGGCGGGCACCCCAGUGGCUGCAGGCACCACUGCGGCUGCCAUCCCCCGGCGCCACGCCCCCUUGGAGCAGCUGGUUCGCCAGGGCUCCUUCCGUGGGUUCCCGGCGCUCAGCCAGAAGAACUCACCUUUCAAACGGCAGCUGAGCCUACGGCUGAAUGAGCUGCCAUCCACGCUGCAGCGCCGCACUGACUUCCAGGUGAAGGGCACAGUGCCUGAGAUGGAACCUCCCAAUGCCAGUGACAGCGACAGCAUCAGCGCCCUGUGUACACAGAUCAGCUCAUCUUUUGCCAGCGCUGGAGCGCCAGCACCAGGGCCACCGCCAGCCUCAACAGGGACUUCUGCCUGGGGUGAGCCCUCCGCGCCCCCUGCAGCUGCCUUCCAGCCUGGGCACAAGCGGACCCCUUCGGAGGCCGAGAGGUGGCUGGAGGAGGUGUCCCAAGUGGCAAAGGCGCAGCAGCAGGCAGCCUCGGUGCCUGCCGUGCCCCCCGGCCUGCAGCCCUUCCCCGCCCCCGUGGGGCCCUUCGACGCCGCGCCUGCCCAGGUGGCCGUGUUCCUGCCGCCUCCACACAUGCAGCCCCCUUUUGUGCCCGCCUACCCGGGCUUGGGCUACCCGCCCAUGCCCCGCGUGCCCGUGGUGGGCAUCACACCCUCACAGAUGGUGGCCAACGCCUUCUGCUCAGCCGCCCAGCUCCAGCCCCAGCCUGCCACCCUGAUUGGGAAGGCUGGGGCCUUCCCACCCCCUGCAGCACCCAGCGCCCCUGGGGGCCAGGCCCGUCCUCGCCCCAAUGGGGCGCCCUGGCCCCCAGAGCCAGCGCCCGCCCCGGCCCCUGAGUUGGACCCCUUUGAGGCCCAGUGGGCAGCGUUAGAAGGCAAACCUGCUGUAGAGAAGCCUUCCAACCCCUUCUCGGGCGACCUGCAGAAGACCUUCGAGAUUGAACUGUAGCCCGAGUCACCCCAUCAUCUCCAGGAGCCCCCACACCUGGGAGUGGAGGCCCAACCUCUCCCCAGUCCUGCUCCCUGGGGCUGCACCCUCCUGACGACCUCUCUAACCCUUCUCUCGACCACCUCCCACGACCAGUACAGAACCGACAUUGUGACGCCCAGGUUGCGAUAGGAUGGAAUUCAGGGACGGACCCAGCCUGGCUAAGGGACCCAUUUCUCUGCCAGACUUAGGCUGGCAUGGCCCCCUCUCCCCGGAACCCAGACACAGGGGGAUGGCCACAAUCCCACCGAGUGCCCUCGGUUCCAGCUGUAUUUCCCAGUUUCUGUUGUUGACCUUCUACCUUCCAGUAUUGGGUGGGAUGGAGGAGGGAUGCCCACCUGGGGGCCCUCCUCGGCCCCAAACGAGUGCCCACCCCAAGUUUGGUCAUUCCCCCCGCCCCCAUACACAGCACAAACAAAGGGCUUCCUUCUGCCCACCUGCUGCGUUCACUGCCAAUGCUGUGCUCACCCCUACCACCCCUCCCCUCCCCUUGGGGGCCCACAUGUUCUUUGGGCCAGGGUCUCAUGGGGGUAGGGGGCCAAGUUGGGGGCCCAGGAGGCAGGUAGGGGGGAAGGGGAAGGGGAAGAAGAUGCUCAGUUACCUCACGUCGGUGCCCGCUGGGGAGGGGUCCGGGAAGAAGGAAGGGGGUGCCUGGCGGGUACUUUUCUAUCUUUUAUUUCCAGAUUUUUUUGUAUCUAAACUUGCAGAUUUGUAUUAUACAAGGACAGCCAAUAAAGGAAGAAUAUAAUGG